GGUACCGUAGAAGACACCAUAUAUAUAUAUAUAUAUAUAUGGAAAAGGCUUGCAUACGCCCGUUGAGUUUUGUUAUUUAGACAAUGAUUUGACCGGAGUUCCGGUAGCCUUUCUCCCACGCUCUUUGUAAUCCAAUUUUAGCGUCUUUCAGUUCGGCCAUGGUGAUAAUACAGUUCCCUAAGUUACAGAUGAAAGCGUCGAGGCACCUACUGAGAUGAUCACGAAUAAGCCCCCCCUGCCGCCGCCUUCCCUGAACUUUGUAGUACUGAUCCGUCAGUUUGGAUUUGAAUCCAAUUCUCCCUUGGUGGCUUCCACGCAAUGGGGGUGGAGAUGUAAUGGUUCCUUGGUAACAGAAUGCUCCUCUCCUCAUUCUUCCUUGCUUGCUGAUAUACCCGAAUCCAAGAGAGAAUCUUGCUUAUGAGCCCUGGUUCGGAGAACUUUUUUUUCCAUCCAAGGUCUCCUCAUUUCUUUGCUUCCAUAUCAGCCAACACAUGAUACCAAAAUCGGAGAAAAAAAUAGUUCAUAUAUUCAUAAUUAUUUUCUUUUUUAAUCUUAAAUUUGCUGGGCUUUUCAUUAAAAUUUCUGGACUGGAAAUAGAUACAUUAUUAUAAUGGAUUAGGAGCCCAAACAAGUGAUAGGUGGCUAAUUGGUCCACUGGAUUUUUUGGUCCCAACCAUAAUCUAAAUGGGCCUACUGAUUUGCCUUCCCUACGGACAAAACUCCACCCAUUCACCAAACCUUGACUUCAACAUCGAUCUAAUAUUUGCCGGCCAGCAAAUCCAUCUCCGGCCGGUCGUCCUCUCUCCUCGACUAUCGGGUUCAAUCAAAAGCAGGGGAUCUUUACGGCUUAUUGAAUACCCAGUCAAAGAGCUGUCUCCCUUCCACCAUCUCCACCCUUCAUUUCCCUUUUCCUCGUCUAGUAAAGCCAUAGAUAAAAAAAAAUAUUUCAUUCGAGUCUCCCACCAUUCCUCCAAAACGAAACUCAUCCUGCCCAAUUGACAAGUGCACAGUGCCCAGCUUGUAAACUCAAGCCAGUGGUCUUCUCCAGUGAUUUGGGUGAUGGAUCGUGUACAUGCACCACUUCCUCCACCUUCGAUCUUUAGGAGCUUGUUUCUCUAUUUAGAGGCCUUUGUGUCCUUACCCUUUGGAGUUUGGACAUGGCUGCUGUAUUGAAACGUGGUGUUUCGGUUCCUUCAUCCUCGUGAUUCUAUAUUCUUGGAAUCCGGGUUUGUGUUUUACUUUAUUUGACUGUGGUCAGUGGUGUUAUGUCUCGGCUGCAAGCCUGCAACCAUGUUUUGGCCCGUCCGAUCUGAUCUCACGGCUCAAACACAAGCUUGCUCGUCCCGCUUUUUGUUUUCUAGUGCCAUAAAACUCUCUCCUCUUUAGCAGAGUCUUUCAGGUUUUGGUCCCCCUUAUUUCAUUUCCUCCAUUGGACACCCAUACCAAAAGAAAGCGGACCUUUCUCCUUCCUCAACCCCCUCUCUACUUCCCAAGCUCUACUGACCAUUUCUUCCAUCGAUUUCUCCUCUUCCUUGUGUCUCUUGGGUGUGAAGAGUCCAGGGUUUUCGUUUCUGGGUUUUGUUUAAUGUUCUUCAGGAGUUCAACAAUUUGUGUCAGUUAAGGUUAAUGGUGAUAAAUACUUCUCAAAUGACUCUGUUGCUCCUCCUCUGCCUACUGGGAGUUGCUUCAGCUUCUACUAGUAAUGAAGAGUCUUUCAUUGGUGUUAACAUCGGCACAGCCCUCUCGGACAUGCCAAGCCCAACUCAAGUGGUGGCUCUUCUCAAAGCUCAGAACAUUCGACACGUCAGGCUCUACGAUGCCGACCGAGCAAUGCUUACAGCACUCGCCAACACAGGAAUCCACGUCACCAUUUCGGUACCCAAUGACCAGAUACUUGGCAUUGGUCAAUCAAAUGCCACGGCAGCCAACUGGGUUUCCCGUAACGUGAUAGCUCAUGUCCCUGCCACAAACAUUACAGCCAUAGCAGUUGGAUCUGAAGUCCUCACCACUCUGCCAAAUGCAGCCCCAGUCCUAGUCUCUGCCUUAAAGUUUAUCUACUCUGCCCUUGUUGCAGCUAAUCUCGAUGCUCAAAUCAAAGUCUCAACCCCUCAUUCAUCUUCCAUCAUCCUCGACUCAUUCCCUCCUUCCCAGGCCUUCUUCAACCGAACUUGGAACCCGGUAAUGAUUCCUUUGCUUAAGUUCUUGCAGUCCACUGGAUCCCACCUCAUGCUAAACGCCUAUCCAUACUACGAUUACAUCCAAGCGAAUGGUGUUAUUCCAUUGGACUAUGCCCUAUUCCAACCCUUGCAACCGAAUAAAGAAGCUGUGGAUGCCAACACUCUUCUCCAUUACACUAAUGUCUUUGAUGCUCUUGUUGAUGCAUCGUAUUUUGCAAUGUCCGAGCUCAACUUCACGAAUGUCCCUGUUGUUGUGACUGAGACUGGUUGGCCCUCCAAAGGAGAUUCUAAUGAGCCAGAUGCCACAACUGACAAUGCAAACACAUACAACAGCAAUUUGAUCAGGCACGUACUGAAUAACACUGGCACCCCCAAGCAUCCCGGAAUUGCAGUUAGCACUUUCAUUUACGAGCUUUACAACGAGGAUUCAAGACCUGGUCCAGUGUCUGAGAAGAACUGGGGGCUUUUUGAUGAGAAUGGGGUGCCUAUCUAUAUCUUGCAUUUGACAAGUGCGGGCACUGUGCUGGCAAAUGAUACUGCGAACCAGACCUUCUGUGUGGCGAAAGAAGGUGCUGAUCCAAAGCUGCUGCAGGCUGCACUGGACUGGGCUUGUGGACCAGGGAGAGUUGAUUGCUCGCCGAUGUUGCAAGGGAAACCAUGUUAUGAGCCGGAUAACGUAAUUGCUCAUGCAACGUUUGCUUUUAAUUCUUACUAUCAAAGGAUGGCUAAAUCUCUUGGAGCUUGUGAUUUUAAAGGGGUGGCAGCUAUCACCACUACUGACCCAAGUCAUGGCUCUUGUGUAGUCCUUGGAAGUGUUGGAAGGAAUGGCACUUUUACAAACACAACAUCUCUGGCUCCAUCAUCGAACUCUACGACUACUUCCGGCUGUCCUGUACCAUACUCUGCCCCCGUAGGAGCCGGUUCUUUCACAGCCUCAUUGAUUAUGUGCAUUUUGGUGGUGAGCAUGAUGGCCUUGUAGUAGAUAAUUCUCGUGGAAUGGAUCUGUAUUGUAAUAUGCAGAACAUGUGGCAGCAUUCCCUUUUUUGGUCUUGCUAGAUUAAGGUGUAGGAGUUUAGGGUGUUGUAAUUGUAACAUUUCAUCUGUGCUUCGAUCAUGUAGGACUUUCGUUUUACUCUCUCCCCUGGUUUUAGUUAACUGGAUGACUGAACAAAGCAACUCAGAGCAUCCGUAGAUGAUUUUUAUUGUCUGUUGUAACCAUUGGUUCAUCAUUCUUUACACUUGGUAGGAAAGUGGUUUACUUGUGUUUGGAAAGGUUUAGAAGACUGCAUAAACUGGAUUCGAGUGAUGAAUCGGUUGGAAACAUUUUGAAGCUCUAGUCACUUGACUCGAAGGACUGCAAAAAUUUGAAGAAUCCAUGCAGCAUUGACUCCUUGGAAUCUUUCAUUGUACUCGUUAUCUCAUGCUGCUCGAAGCUCGAUCAUCUUCAUUGUGGAAUAAGGAUAUGGGAUUCCUAACUGUUCUCCAUGUAGAACAACCAUAAACCAACCAAGUAGCUCCAUGGCUCCAUCUAAUGGUCUGAUAAAUUUAAGUCUUUCAGAUUGCAGACUGCCAAGCACUGCGGUUCCAAGUGAUCUUAAUAACCUUCCACGCCUGGAGUACUUGGCUAUAAACAGAAACCAUAUUAAGAGCCUUCUGAAAACCAUCGGGGAUUCACUGCAGAGCAUCACCAAUAUGCUGAUUGUAUGCACAGCUCGAAGACCGACAUGCUGACUGAAGUUGAAGGACUGUUUAAGUUUGAAUUGCUUAUGAGCGUCAACAGAACCCUACUCAGUGCUCAAUGGUUUCGGCCUCUUCGAUUGGUAAUCGCUGCUAUGAAUUAAAGUGGAGAUGGCGAA